AUGCAGAGACAACAAUACCCUCCUCCGCCUCCACGGAGUCAGCAAGGUGGUUAUUACGCUUCGUCGCCCGUCUCAUCUAUCAGCUCUACAUCAACGGCUGCUCCGAGGCCACCUUCGGAACCCGGCUGUGGCUCUACACCUCAUCGUGGCCCCCCAGGCAACGGGCUUAAGAUAUCUAGCCUUCUCUACACUUCCGCUCCGCACAACCAGCAGAUGUCUAUGGGCAACACAUAUCAUCCACAAUACGAUUAUCCCCAGAUUCAGCAUGGAGAGAGGCCUGGUUUAUUGCUUAGCCCGCUCCAUAAUGGCUCUAUCUCUGAUGCUUCGAGCUCUGCAAGCCAUAUUUCUCCAGCAGUCCCCCAGCAAUCGCACAAGCGUGCAUAUAGACAGCGACGGAAAGAUCCCAGUUGCGAUGCAUGCCGCGAAAGAAAAGUAAAGUGUGAUGCUUCGGACUCAUCGAGUUGUACGGAGUGUUCCAACCGUAAUGUCAGAUGCCUUUUUACAAAGGAGACGAACCGGCGCAUGUCGUCUAUCAAGCAAGUUCAAGAUCUUGAGAGGCAGCUCGCCCAGGCCAAAAUCCAGCUACAACAGUUGCGCUCUGGUGCACCAAAGGCUGCUAGCCUCAUGGGUUCUGAUUCUGAUGUUGCCGAAGAUAUUCCGGCAAUUCCAGAGAUAGGCUCCCAACCUACUCGCCUCCGUACUCCGAACGUUAAUUACGACUUCUCUCGAGUAUGCUCAAAAAUGCGAAUUUAUGGACAAGGCCUUCUUCAUUUCCCGCAAACUCCUUAUUUUUUACGACCGCAACCUGUCCUAGAUGCAGACGUGCCCCCGCUUCCUCCAACAAAUAUCGCACAUGUUUUAAUGCGACAUUAUUUCUCAUGUGUGCAUUGUCUAUAUCCAGUUCUCCAUUGGCCUACCAUUUUACAUGUCUACGAGAGAGUUCAUCAGACAGGGACCCUCAAAGGUGUCCCCAGGGGUUGGGCUGCAGUCUUUUUCGCCUUAUUAGGUUGUGGAUCGCUACAUUCCCUUGAUGCAGACUUAAUUGCCAAAGGCAAGGAAUACAUAAAAACCAGUAUGGGUUUGAUUGACCUUUGGCAAAAUACUUUCUCCAUCGAGCAAGCUCGCGGGGCGAUGCUGGUGAGCAUCUACUUGUCUGAACUUAAUAUAAACUCCGUCAGUUGGGUAUGGCUUGGUUCCGCAGUACGGAUUGCUCAGGACCUUGGUUUUCAUUUGGAGUCAGGCCCAUGGGAGCCGAUGGAUGGUGAAAUGAGGAAACGUGUUUGGUGGUCUAUUUACUCAUGGGAAAGGCUGAGCGCAUUGGAACUUGGCCGCCCGCUUGCAAUUAUUGAUGAUGAUUGUGAUAUUGGCCUACCAUCCCCCAUCGAAGAGCAACUUAUCCAAGAAGGGAAUCAAACGCCUGACCAGAAAUCAAAUCCCUUACUUGUUAUAGUCCACAUAAUGCGCUGCGUAUCGCAACUUACCAAAGCCCUCAAAAGUUUGGUUAUAUCAGGCGAUACCCUGGAGUUAUUUGAUCGACAUUUCAGGGCAUGUUUGAACAGCUUCCCAGCAGAUUAUCACAUGCAGUCAAAUCAGUACCUCGAUCCACGGUCUCUUUCCCCUGUUAUCAUUCUCCAGAACACCCGAUUAGUCUUACACCGCCAUAAUCUCUCUCCCGGAUGCCCGCCGGAGAUCCGGAAUGCUGCUAUGGAUCAUUGUUUGGCUGUUGCUCGCGAUACCACUGGAAUUUUAACUAGAUGCAUGCGCUCACCAACUUCUGCUGAACCGGGAGCGCCGUCAAAAGCAAACGGCGACGACUGGCGCUAUCUAUUAGCUGCAGCUGCCACUUCCGUGAUUUGCAAGCAUAUUUGGCGAUGCAUCCUGCUCCUGCUCUGUAGAGCCGAUUAUGCAGCCGCGCUAGUAUGCAUACAGGCCUGCUCCGCAAUUGGAGAUGCCAGGGCAGUGAACAUUGCUUCAGGGCGAUACAUCACCUUCUUCUUGAAGUUUUUACUUGAAAAGCAGCAAAAGGGGGGUCCGUUAAACUUUGAAGAAGACGAGGAACUGAUGGCCUACGUGUCGGGUGACCUACAAAGUUCAAUGGAUACCUCUUGGGUCUGGAGGUCGACUUAUCCUAAUCCCGCCAUGGAUUUAGGAACCAAAUCACCGUCUGCCACAUCCAACUCAUCGACCUCCCCAUUGAAGGCGGAGGCUUUGGAUAGCAGCCGAACAGAUGUUGGUGACACUGAAGAUCAAGUACAAGAGUGGGAAGGAUGGGGCUGGGUUGAAAUGGUAACUCAGCGCUUGUUAGCUGAGCAGCAGCAGCAGCAGCAGCAGCAACAACAACAACAACAGCAACAGCAGCAACAACAACAGCAACAACAACAGCAACAGCAGCAACAACAACAGCAACAACAACAGCAACAGCAACAGAACCAUGCUAUUUCUCCCAAUGGUCUAGAAAAUUCGCGCCUUGAUCGCCCAGUCCAUAACGGCAUUAGCACCUCUUGCCGCCCCCCAGAGACGACCAGCAGCCCGUGCCAAAAGAGCAGCAUCUCUAAGAUGACAAUCGCGAAUAUUAUAUGA